AUGCCUACUUUGCUGUGUUUGGAAAAUCCUUUGCUUGAUGUUCAAGCAUUUGGCAAUCAGGAACUCCUCAAGAAAUAUGGACUCAAGGCCAAUGACGCCAUUCUGGCCGAGCCCUCACACCAAGGUCUCUUUGAUGACCUGAUCAAUAACUUUGCUGCGGAAACCACCGCUGGUGGUGGAGCGCAGAACACUGCCAGAGGCGCCCAGUACAUUCUUCCAAGUGGUAGCGUUGUCUACCUUGGUUGUGUGGGAGAUGAUACCUACGCCGACACUCUUCGAGAAUCAUGCCAAAAGGCAGGCGUUCGUGCGGAAUACCUUGUCGAUAAAGCUCAUCCCACAGGUCGCUGCGGUGUUGUUAUCACCGACAAGAACCGAAGCCUUUGCACUGAGCUCGGCGCCGCCAAUCAUUACAAGUUGGAGCAUCUCAAGCAGCCCGACAUCUGGAGCUUGGUAGAGUCAUCACAAAUCUACUUUGUUGGUGGCUACCAUUUAACCGUCUGCCCGGAGGCCGCUUUGGCUUUGGCGGAAGAGGCUGCAGCCAAGAAUAAGAUCUAUGUGAUGUCACUAUCUGCCCCUUUUAUUCCAAUUGCGUUCAAAGAUGCCCUAGAUAAGACCGAGCCUUACUGGGACUAUCUCGUCGGCAAUGAGAGUGAGGCCCUGGCAUGGGCACAGUCGCAUGGUCUAGAGACUGAGGAUAUUCCUACCAUUGCCGGUCAUCUCGCCAAUCUCCCAAAGGCAAAUGCAAACAGACCUCGGGUAGUCUUGAUAACUCAAGGAUCUUCUCCAACGAUCGUUGCAGUUUCAGGAACUCCGGGUCAUGAGGAGAUCCCUGUUCGCAAGAUUUCUGCAGCGGAGAUUAUCGACACUACCGGGGCCGGAGACGCUUUUGCGGGAGGACUUCUUGCCGGAAUUGUGCAGCAAGAAUCCCUCAAAACCUCAGUGGAUAUGGGGCAUUGGCUCGCUCAACUGGGGAUUCAGCAGAUGGGGCCAAAUUACCCGCUGCCAAAGCAGUCAUUCGCCCCUGUCUGA